AUGGGAACGACUUCUGCUUCAAGUUCAGAUGUUGUUGGAUCCAAAUCAAUGGAUUCAAGCAACCCCUAUUAUCUUCAUCAUUCAGAUUCCCUUAGAAUGUCUCUUGUGAACUCCAUCUUUGAAGGUAAAGGAUAUGGGGAUUGGAGAAGAACCAUCAUCAUUGCUCUAUCAGCUAAGAAUAAGUUGGGCUUCAUUGAUGGAGGUUGCAAAGCACCAGGAUCUGAUUCAUCAGAUUUAAAACUCCGGGAGAGAACCAAUAACAUGGUGACUUCAUGGUUACUUUAUUCCCUUUCCAAAGAGAUUGCGGAGAGUGUCAUCUACUCUAAAAUUGCAGAAGCUCUUUGGAAAGAUCUUGAGGAUCGUUUUGGUCAGCCCAAUAGAGCAAAGCUUUAUCACCUGCAAAAAGAACUGAAUGAUUUAGUUCAAGGGUCUAAUGAUAUUGCAAGAUACUAUACAAGAUUGAAAGGACUAUGGAAUGAGCUAGAUCUUUUGAAUACUAAAAAUUGUUGCUCUUGGACCUGUACUUAUGGAGGAAAGAAUGUUUCCAGUAAAGCUUUGCAAGAUGAGAGGCUCAUUCUAUUUCUCAUGGGUUUGAAUGAUGCCUACUCACCUGCAAGGUCUACUAUCUUGAUGAUUAACGCUCUUCCCUCUAAAAUCAUUGGAACUAGUGAUAUAAGGGGAAGGAAGACCGAUUUGUUGUGUUCUCACUGCAAGAAGCCUGGAUAUACAGUGGAUAAGUGUUACAGGAUUGUUGGCUUUCCCUCAGAUUUUAAGUUCACUGGGUCUAAGAAAAUUACAGGGAAUAUGAAAAGCAAUGCUAUUGCUGCUCCUGGAGAAGGAGAUGAUGAACUUGUGCAAGAGAACUCUUUAGGAAUGAACCAACUUAGCAAAGAGAAAUUUUCUCAACUCAUUCAGUUACUCCACCAGGUCAAAGUUAGUCAAUCUGAGCCUGCUCUUUCAGAUGUCAGUGCCAACUCUGCAAGUAAAAAUCACUCUGUUUCAUGCCAUAUUUUAAUCAAGUCUAGUAAAUGGAUAUUAGACACAGGAGCAUCAGAACAUUUAUUUUCUAAUCCAGAGCUUUUCACUUACCCAAGUCCUUUAACCAAUCCUAUCUAUGUCAAUUUUCCUGAUUCUUCUAAGGGCCCUUCAAUGAAGAGGCCACUGGCUCUUGGUGAAGUGAGGGAUGUGCUUUAUCAAUUAGGUUCUACCAGUUUGUCUUCCAAGAAAAGAGUCCAGCAUAGAGAUCUAGCUACUAGGACUUCUUGUUUAGUUUCUGUUUCUAGUUCUGUAGUAAUAAAGGGGAAUUCUGAUGCAAAGCUUUGGCACAACAGAUUAAGGUUUCCAUCUAGAGUUUUAAAGGGGUUGUCACCUUAUGAAGUUCUCUAUAAACAACCUCCUACUUAUACUAAUUUGAGAUCUUUUGGAUGUUUUUGUUUUGCCUCUACUCUUUCUCAAUCUAGACCAAAAUUCCAUCCCAGAGACUUGCCUUGUGUUUUCUUGGGAUAUCCUACUAGACAAAAGGGAUAUAAGCUAAUGUCUUUAAAGUCAAGGAAAAUUAUAAGCUCUAGGGAUGCCAAGUUCAUUGAGUCUAUUUUUCCUUUCAAGAACAACUCCAAUCCUAGUUCUACCCCUGUGGGAAUUUUUUAUGCACCUCAUUCUCAAGAGCAAGAUAUUCCUAAUGAUCCUUCAGUAUUUUCAUAUUCAUCACCUCAAGAAUCUACUCCUCUUGUUGAUGUUUCUCCCUCAGAUUCUCCAUCUUCUGCUAAUUUACAUACACCUUUUGAUGUCAUACCAACUAGACAAUCUUCUAGAAUACAUAAGAAGCCUAGUUACCUAUCAUACUAUGUUUGUAAUGCAGUAUAUUUCACCAAUCUUACUCAGUCAUGUUGCACUUCCCCUAUCAGUCCAUCUAUCUAUCCUUUUGCUGCCCUUUCUUCUAUUAAUCAAAACACUAUAAAUUUUACCUUGAAUAUCAGUGAGCCAACCAGUUUUUCACAAGCUUCUAUGCAUCCUGGUUGGUAA